CUUAAGCCUCCUUUCUUUUCUUUUUUAUUUAAACAAAUAGAUGUAGAAUAUGAAUAAUUUAGGGGAGAAAAUAAAUAAUUUAGGAGUUUUAUUCAUAUAUAAUCGAUGAGAGGGUGACUCUAUAUUGCAGAUAUGGUACCUACAAAUUUCAUAAAAAAUCGUUUGUGCUGACAACGAUAAAUGCUUUUAUUUUAGUGUUUUUUUUUUUUUUUUUUGGGAGGGGUUGGUCAAACAUGAGAAACAAGAAGGCAAAUUUGCAGAUAAAAAAGGAAGACAGAAGCAUGCAUGAAAGCCAAAAAAGCAUGUGACCAACUUUGUAAAAUUCAACUUUUUUUUUCAGCCUUUUGGUAAAACUUAUCUACAAAUCUAAACUAUAUGAAUUAUACAUUUUUAUCUAACGGAAUUCACAACGUUUAAUAAUCAUAUAUAUACAUAAAGAUAAAGAUGCUAGCUAAGUAGCUAGCAAGAACACAUGCCAACUUGUAAUUUCCAUACAUCAAGAACACUGACAUUCUGAUGGUAAGCAACUUAACUCUGGUGGCAACUAUAUCUCUUUUAAAAGUUCAUUCUCAAGAAUAUUGAUGAGUCCUUUAUUUCUUUUUAUAAAACAUUAACUAGCCAAUUUUAUAUGGGCUAAGAAUAAUAAAAUGGUCACGAAAUUCGAUCUUGAUUACCAUAAAAUAUGCCAACUUGUAUUUAUGUUUAGCGCUACAUUUGUGAGAUGCUAAUUGGAUUACAAAUCCAAACAAAAGAUUCCACUCCUUUUUGUGAUCAUCUUGAUAAUGGUAUUUAUAUGUAGCUUGUUUAUAGAGAUUAAUUAGAGGAUUUGAGCAUAAAGUGAAUACGGAAUAUAAUGGAAAACCACCGGCCAUAUAUCCAAACAUUCGACCUCAUCUCUGCGUUACGACUUGCUCACAUAAUGUUGGCAGCAUCAAAUUUAUUAUUCGGCGCGUCUCCAUAAUAUUAUAUAUUGGACCAUUCAUAUUUACAUAUAUGCAUAUUGGACCAUUUGUAUUUGAUUAUAUUGGACCAAUUUCGCAGACAAAAGUAGCUAGCUAGUGUAACUGUGUAAGAUGAUAUUACAGAAAAAGCCGACAAGAAGGAUAGAGAUAUCCAUUACCAACAAUUCCCUUAUUCUACUAACCUAUUUAACUGAAAAAUAUAUAUUCUACUUUUAUAUUGUUGUAAAAUCUUGAAGAAAUAAUAAAUAUCCUUAAAUAUCUCUUAAAAAUAAUAUCCUAUCAUAAAAAAGCUAACAACCAUGACUAUCACAUCACAUCAAUCACUUUGUUAUCAUUAUAUGGCAUAUCCUCUCUAUAUAUAUAUGCCAUUUAAAAUAAAAUAAAAACCUAGCUACCAGUUAAAUUUAGAACUCCACCUUGUAUAAAUACUCUGCAUGCCUCUAUCACUCUCCCCCAACCAACUCACACCCACAUUCUCUCGCUCUCUGUAGCUUCUUCUCUUUCUCUUUCUCUAAAAAUACAAAAAAAAAAAUGCAAUACAAAACAGAAACUCGAGGGUCGUUGUCCUACAACAACAAUAGCAAGGUGAUGAACAACAUGAAUGUGUUUCCAUCGGAGACACUGGCGAAGAUAGAGUCGAUGGCGGCAGAGAAUGCGGUGGUUAUAUUCAGCGUAAGCACGUGCUGCAUGUGCCACGCCAUCAAGCGUCUCUUCCGUGGAAUGGGGGUCAGCCCCGCCGUCCACGAGCUCGACCUCCUCCCUUACGGCGUUGAAAUUCACCGAGCUCUCCUCCGUCUCCUGGGCUGUUCCAGCGGUGGCGCUACUUCUCCGGGGGCACUUCCGGUGGUGUUCAUCGGAGGAAAGAUGGUAGGAGCAAUGGAGAGAGUGAUGGCUUCACAUAUCAAUGGCUCACUCGUCCCUCUUCUCAAAGAUGCUGGCGCUCUUUGGCUCUGAUUGAUGAUCUCAUCCUCCAAACCAACCUUUCGUUUUUCUUUACUUUCUUUGACUUCUAAGGACAAAAAAAGAUUAGGUUAAUUAUAGUGUUGAAUUAGGGACAGUGAGAGAGAAGAGUUGUGCGUUUGUUUUAAGCUUAGCUCUUUUGUCUAUCUUAAUCACACUAAUAUAUAAAUGUUUACUAAUCAAUAUGUCUCUUGUUAGCUUCCUUAUCUCUAAUUUUACAAUCUUUGACA